AUGGCCGAAACACGAAUGAGUCGCAUCGUGCUGUACGUGCACGAGCUGCUGCACUCGCGCACGGCUGACGAGAUCACAGUCCACGUGCACCACCUGCUCGCCCGCAUGGGAAUCCCUGAGCCGUAUCCAGACGCCGAGCGCCUCGCGAUCGCGCUGCUCACGGGCGUCUUCACGCUGCUCAUGUACUUUGUGCUCUUUGGCAAGCGGCACCGUCGACGACGACGCGUGCUGAAGGUGGAGCUGGACAAGGCGUACCGAAAGGUGCAGGAGCUGCAGGACCGCAUGGCGCAGAUGGAGCUGGAGGAGCGGGAAGCGCCGCCGAAGGAGCAGAUCCGCAUCUGGAUGGACGGCGCCUUCGACAUGAUGCACUAUGGCCACAUGAACGCUUUCCGCCAGGCGCGGUCGCUCGGGACGUACUUAGUCGUGGGCGUGAACGACGACGAGUCCAUUACGGCCUGCAAAGGCGCACCGCCCGUGCUGAACAACGACGAGCGCAUUGCGUCGGUCAAGGGCUGCAAGUUUGUAGACCAAGUCGAGCCGCAUUGUCCGUACAUUAUGAACGAGACGUACUUGCAACGGAUGCUCGAGAAGCACCGCAUUGACUACGUCGUGCAUGGAGACGACCCGUGUAUUGUCGAUGGUAAGGACGUCUACGAGUCGGCCCAGAAGCUCGGCAAGUACCGGACGAUUCCGCGCACGGAAGGCGUGUCGACGAGCGACAUUCUCGGCCGGAUGCUCGUGAUGCACAAGACGCACCACACCCACGACCACUUUGCGGCGAACGGGCAGCUGUCGUCGCGCAUGCUGCAGGACAAGAAAGCCAAAGAGCGUCCGUCCAAGUUCUUGACGACGAACCGCAUGUUGCGGUUGUUUUCCGUGGGCAAUCACGAGCCACAGAAGACGGACAAGAUCGUGUACAUUGAUGGCGCGUUCGACAUGUUCCACGCGGGCCACGUCGAGAUCUUGCGUCUUGCGAAGCAAGAGGGCUCGUACCUCGUCGUGGGGGUGCACAACGACAGCGUGGUGAACGCCCACCGGGGCCUCAACUACCCGAUCAUGAACCUCCACGAGCGUGUGCUCAGUGUACUCGGCUGCAAGUACGUGGACGACGUGCUGAUUGACGCACCGUGGCAGGUGACGCCCGAGAUGGUGGCGUCUCUGAACAUCUCGGUCGUCGUGCACGGCACGCACCGCGACCAGCACCAGCUGUCACCGUUCUCGCUGGAUGAGCACUAUGAGCACGCGCGCAAGGCGGGUAUCUUCAAGCUGAUCGAGAGCCCCAUCAAGCUGGACGUGGACGACAUUGUCGCGCGCAUCAACGACAACCGCGAGCGCUUUGACAAGAAGUUUGUGAGCAAAAUGAAGGCCGAGAAAGAGUACUACGCAGACCGCUAUGGCAUCACAAAGUAG